CUUCAAAUCCAGGAAACUUGCCAAGGUUUUCAUGGCUGUCUAAGAGCUCUUCGCCAUGGCUGUCUAAGGUUUUCCGUUCCUUUCUAAAAGUUCUAUUUCGAUACCAAAGUUAGGAUUUACAACAUUCUGCACACCAAGAUUUGGAAGCUUCUUCAACUGAUUAGCUUCAACUUUGCCUCAGAAUCAACUUCAAGGCACUCACCUCCCACCACAAGUUAAAGAAAGCUAUUGCAUCAAUCAGCAAACAACAGAGUCCAUUUGAUCUCUUACGCCUACUAUAUGAUGAGUCUGACGGCAGAUUCUCCCGUCCACUCAUCAAGCAGCGAUGAUUUUGCAGCAUUUCUCGAUGCAGAGUUGGACUCUGCUUCUGAUGUAUCACCUGAGCUAGAUGAAGUAGAAAAUGGAGAAGCAGAGGGAGAGGAAGAGGUGGAAGAUGAGAAAGGGCAAGAUGAAGACAACGACACUGGUGAUGGUGAUGGUGAUGAUGAUGAUGAUGAUGGCAGCAUAGAUUCUAGCAGGUCAAAGAAGCGUAAAAUUGAGUUGAUUGAAGCUGCAGUUGAUCCACAGAGUUCAGUGUCUCGUGGAGAACCAGCAGAAACUUCAGGAGCAUCUUUGGCGCUGGAUGUAUGCACUCAUCCUGGUGUCAUGGGAGGGAUGUGUAUACGGUGUGGGCAGAAGGUGGAAGAUGAAUCUGGUGUGGCUUUUGGAUACAUACACAAGAAUUUGAGGCUUGCAGAUGAUGAAGUUGCUCGAUUGCGUGACAAGGACCUGAAAAAUUUACUACGGCACAAAAAGCUGAUCUUGGUUCUAGAUUUAGACCACACACUUCUGAACUCAACUAGACUUGCAGAUAUUUCUGCAGAAGAAUCAUACUUGAAGGACCAACGAGAAGUACUGCCUGAUGCUUUAAGAAACAACCUUUUCAAAUUGGACUGGAUACACAUGAUGACAAAGCUGAGGCCAUUUGUCCACACCUUCCUGAAAGAAGCCAGUAGUUUGUUCGAGAUGUACAUUUACACAAUGGGCGAACGUCCUUAUGCGUUGGAAAUGGCAACCUUACUUGACCCUGGAGGUAUCUACUUCCAUUCUAGAGUGAUUGCUCAAUCAGACUCCACUCGGAGACAUCAAAAGGGUCUAGAUGUCGUUUUGGGCCAAGAAAGUGCUGUUCUGAUCCUUGAUGAUACUGAAGUGGUAUGGGGGAAGCACAGGGAAAAUCUUAUACUGAUGGACAGAUAUCAUUUCUUUACCUCAAGUUGUCGACAAUUCGGUUUGAAAUGUAAAUCACUUUCUGAACAGAAAAGUGAUGAAAAUGAAGCUGAGGGAGCGCUUGCCUCUGUCCUAGAAGUACUGCAAAGGAUCCACAGACUAUUCUUCGACCCGGAACGUGGGGACAAUAUUAUGGAGCGGGAUGUUAGGCAGGUGCUGAAAACAGUUCGGAAGGAAAUACUGAAGGGCUGUAAAAUCGUCUUCACUGGUGUAAUUCCCAUACAAUGCCAACCAGAAAACCACCACUACUGGAAAUUGGCUGAGAAAUUGGGAGCUACAUUCUCCACAGAAGUCGAUGAAUCGGUGACACAUGUGGUCUCCAUGAAUGACAAGACUGAAAAGUCACGUCAGGCACUGCGAGAGAAGAAAUUUUUGGUCCAUCCAAGAUGGAUUGAAGCUGCUAACUACUUGUGGCGAAAGCCACCUGAAGAGGACUUCCCAGUCAGUUCAUAACUAUUUGCUAACCUUGAUUUUAGGCAACUUUUUUGUAAAUUCUAGUAGAAUGCUUACAGGUUUCAUUCACCAAUAGAAACCAUCCGAUGAGGAAAAAUAGUUCGCGCCCGAGGGAAUCAAAACCAAACUCUGGCUAGUCUUCUUCACUGAUCUCUUGAAUUUUGUCUAGAGAUCAACCAAAUUCAUGUGAUUGUGUGGCAUUCUGGAUGCUGAUUUUGCUAGUUA